CUUCUCCCUCCAUAUCGCACACAAAUCGACGACCAUCACACCGUGAAUACAAUAUGCUUCCACCCAAAGCAGAUGACACCUUGCACAACACGCGCUCAAUUGACAACUCGACGAACGACAAUGACGCCACUCAGCACCUAGCUGACCAAUAUAGUCAUCUGCCACUCAGAUCACGGAUAUGGGAAGAUCUGAAAUUUUCCUUUCAUCGAGAUGCCUACACCGGGGCGCUGCUCUUCAACCUAUGCGCUUUCGUGCUACCAGCUCUAUACGGUACACUCUCGAAGCUUUGGGUAGCCAACAUAGACUCAUCCAUGGUCGUCACCACCGAUAUCUACACAUACAUCGGUGUUGUCGCUGAAGUCCUCAAUGAAGGAUUGCCACGUGCUUCGUACCUGGUCAUUGGCGACAAGACGAGUCGCACCUUCCGCGAGAGAGUUCAGCUUACCCAUACCCUGAUCUUUUUUCAGUCGAUUGUGGGCUUCAUUAUGAGUCUUGGCUUCGUCUGCGGUGCCUCUACGUUUGCCAAAGGCUUUGUGCCAGCAGAAGUGCGAGAAGUGAGCGUGACCUACGUCCGCAUAUCUGCUUUCUCCGCCUUCAGCUCUGCAGUCGAGUACGCAGUGAAUACCUCCACACGUGCACUUGACAAGCCAGAUGUAUCGCUUGUCAUCAGCUCGGUCAAAUUUGCUGUUAAUAUCAUCCUGGACUUGAUAAUCAUCUCUAAAUUCCACGUAGGUGGCAUCACACCCACGGUCAACAUGCAAGCCGGCAUCUCACUAGCGUGCAAUGUUGCUUCGGCAUUUGCGGGUCUGGCUUACUUCGUCUACACUACGAAAUACAGCAACUGGUCUGCCAUACACCAAGACACAUCUCAUACCAGCCUCCGACCUUCUCUGCCAGCUCUGUGCACAUUGCUCAAGCCUGGCUUCAUCUUCGUCACCGAGUCUGCGAUCCGCAAUGCGCUCUACUUAUGGCUAGUGCACGGUAUUGUUGGUCUCGGCAGUGACUAUGCAACUGCGUGGGGUGUCUUCUCCACAAUUCGAUGGGGUCUCAUUAUGGUUCCAGUAUCAGCGCUGGAAGCGACUGCUCUGACAUUCGUUGGCCACUCCUGGGGAUACAUACGCGCCAAGAUUGGGGACCUUGACUCUUCUGUUCGACCUCGAUUGUCCAAAUACCAGGUCUGGUGCAUUAUUCGUUGGGCCUUCUACUCUGCGGCCAUCGUCCUCAUCUUCGAGAUCCCGCUCUGUCUUCUCAUGUCUUUCCUCGGCGCACGACCCUUCGCCCACUACCUUUCAGGGUCUGACGAAGUGUCUAAGAUCGCGGCACGUAUGUGGCGCACUAUUGACUGGUGCUACAUCAUGUACGGCGUCUCGACACAGCUUGCUGCCAUAUUGGUAUCAACCCGACCCAAGUGGUACUUGUAUCAGUCGCUUGCUUCGAAUAUACUCUACGUACUGCCUUGGGCAAUUGUGUGUCAAGUCAUGGUCAUGAACUUGGGAGAUGCAUGGACUUAUCAUAGCCUGGUAUUUGGAGGCAGUCUUGUGUUCUCAUUCUUCACGAUCAUCGCUGUUAUCGGAGUGUGGGCUUUGAGGCAGGUGAGAGGAAAGAUGAUGAUAUAACACUAUAUCCUGGAAGUCUUCCGGUGACUCCCGCACCGGCAAUCAAUCAAGAGCCAGACCAUGAUAAAGCAAACGUCUUAUUGUAAGUCAUUGUUACUGUACAAUACUCAAAGAAAUGUUCGAU